UUACCAGUGACUCCAAACGAGCCGUGCUAGGCGGCCGGGAAUUCGAGCGUUCUGCAGUCCAUCCGUGACAUUGCCUCCAUGGGCGCGCCAGCGUCUGGAAAGCGGAUCUAUUUCUAAGACCGGAUCCGGCGACGCCACGGACUACCCUCACUUCCAGGGUCUUCAGCAGCGUGUCCAUCAAGUUGUUAGAGAGGAAGAGGCAGCGAGCAGACCGGAGAUAUAAUGCCGAAAGGAGGUAGAAAAGGAGGUCACAAAGGUCGGGUGAGGCAGUACACAAGUCCAGAGGAAAUUGAUGCUCAGAUUAAAGCUGAACAUGAAAAGGCUCAGGAGGCAGAGCUCGAGGAAGGUGGAGUUGGAGCUGCUGGAGACCCUACCAAGGAAAAGAAAGAUCAGAGCUCAGAUGAGAGCGAUGAGGACGAUGACUAUCAGGCAAAGCGCAAAGGAGUGGAAGGGCUGAUUGACAUAGAGAAUCCUAAUCGGGCAGCACAAGCGUCUAAAAAGGUUGCUCAGAUUGAUCUGGAAGGUCCUAAGGAACUGUCGCGAAGAGAGAGGGAAGAAAUAGAAAAGCAGAAGGCAAAGGAGCGUUACAUGAAGAUGCAUUUAGCAGGAAAAACAGACCAAGCAAAGGCUGACUUGGCCCGUCUAGCAAUUAUACGAAAACAGAGAGAAGAAGCAGCAAAGAAAAAAGUGGAAGAGAAAAAAACAAAAGAGCCAACGGGAGGGACAGUUAAAUCAAUGCAGUCUAUGUCUCUUAAUAAAUAACUGCUGCUACACAGACCACAUCCAGAGGAUCCUUGGAGCAGUGCAGCUAUAUGGUCUGUAGACUACUUGUCUAGCCAUUUCUCUGGUCUCUUGUGUCCACAACAUACUAUCCCUGAUAAAGGCAGCACAGCGUCUGCAGACUGAGGAUACUGCUACUAAAGACUGGACAUGCACUCAGCACAUAUUUAUUUAAUGCUGUGUGUCUGUGGAGCUUGGAUCCAGAAGGAGGGGAAUAAAGUUUGGAAUUAAAACUAUAAA